AUGGUUGUUGAAAACACGCUCAUCUGGCAAAAAGCCGACGACGAGGAAAAGGGCGGUGUCCGUGCCUCUCGCCAUGACCGAUUCGCCUUGGAAAAGGGUGAGGGUAGUGAUGAGAACGACGAUGGCUCGCCUUCGUCUUCCAGUGGCGGCGCCCGUAUGCGCAAUAGGUCGACCCGUCAGCGGUCACGCUCGUCACGCCGCUCCAUUGACCCAUCUGCUGCUCUUCCCAUCCAGUACCGCACACUCUCCCAGGACAUUGAUGAUGCCGAGCGCCAGCGCAAGGGCGAACAGGCCAAGGCCAAGGAUGCCAUGGUGUCGAAAUUCGAGGCCAUCGACUGGCACAAGAUCUCCUCGGCCGAGCUCGAAAAGCGCCUCGACACUAGCAUCGUCGCUGGUCUGUCGGCCGACACGGCCAAGGACCGCCUCCGCGCGCACGGCGCCAACGCCAUCUCGCCCCUGCCCAACCCGUGGUUCGGCAAAGUCGUCGGGUACUUCUUCAAGGGCUUCGGAUCCAUCCUGGCGGUUGGCGGCAUCUUGGUGUUUCUGUCAUGGAAGCCGCUCGGCGAGCCGGCACCCGCUGUUGCCAACUUGGCCCUUGGCAUUGUCCUGAUUGCCGUCUUCCUCAUCCAGGCUGCCUUCAAUGGCUGGCAGGACUGGUCCUCGUCGCGUGUGAUGCAGUCCAUCACCGCCAUGCUUCCGGCCUCGUGCCACGUCUUUCGCGAGAACGGCACCCAGACGGAGAUUGCCGCUGCCGACCUCGUGCCCGGCGAUGUGCUGCUGCUGACGGCCGGCGACCGCAUCCCUGCCGAUGUCCGUUACGUGCGCGUGUCGCACGACAUGACGGUGGACCGGGCCGUCUUGACGGGCGAGUCGAAGCCGAUCAAGGCCAGUGCGUCCGAGGGCCGCACGGCGUCCGCCAGCGACAACUACCUCGAGACCAACUGCAUUGGCCUGCAGGGCACGCACUGCGUGACGGGCACGGCGCGCGCAGUGGUGGUGGCAACGGGCGAUUCCACCGUGUUUGGUCAGAUUGCCAAGCUGACGAGCACGCCCAAGGCGGGACUGACAACGAUGGAACGCGAGAUUCUGCGCUUUGUGCUGCUCAUCUUUGUCAUCAUGGUGACCUGGAUUGUCGUGCUCGUGGCUGUCUGGUAUGUCUGCCUCUUCCUGUGCAUACUCAUUGCCCUGGUCUAUCAAGCCUUGGGACGGGCCGGCUGGCUGCGCAAGGCGCAUCCCGACUGGAUUAGCGUGCCGAUGCUGAUUGUCAGUGCCGUCAGCGUGGCCAUUGCCUAUAUUCCCGAAGGCCUGCCCAUUGCCACGACGGCGAGCUUGACCAUCACGGCCAAUCUCAUGAAGAAGCAUCGUAUCCUGUGCAAGUCGCUCAAGACCGUCGAGACGUUGGGCGCCGUGUCCGUCAUUUGCUCCGACAAGACCGGCACUCUGACCAAGAACAAGAUGUACGUCACCGACUGCUCGCUGGGUGUCACGACCUACACCACCGACGAGGCGGUGCUGCUGGCUGAAGGUGCCGCCGCCUCCGCGUUCCCGUCGCCCUUGAACCAGCUGCGUGCUGGCGCGGGACUGUGCAACACCGCCGAGUUUGAUACAGCCGCCGAAGACAAGGAUGAUGUCGAGGCCAAUGGUACCAAGAAAGAGCGCCGCAUCUUUGGUAACGCCACGGACCAGGCCGCACUGCGUCUCGCCGACAGGCUGGGCCCCAUUGGUGAGCUGCGUGCCGCCUGGACCACCGUCGCCGACCUCGCCUUUGACAGCAAGACCAAGUACAUGGCCACCGCCCUUGCCCUCGACGACACCGGCAACAACAACAGCAUGGCACACCAGUGCCUGACCCACGGCGAGGUGGUGGACAGCACGUUUGGGAAAGCCAACCGCAGUGCGCCGGCUCUGCCGCUGCCUGCCGUUCAACAGAACACGCUCCUGUUUCUCAAGGGCGCUCCGGACAUGCUCCUCGACAAGUGCACGCGCAUUGUGCAGGCGGGCGUCGGCGAGGGGGGCAGCAGCGUCGUCGCCUUGACGCCCGCGACGCGUGCCGCCGUGCAGCAGACCAAGGACACCUGGUCCGUCGAGGGCCGCCGUGUGAUUCUCGUCGCGCGCAAGAUUCUUGCUCCUGGUGUGCUCGUCAGCGGCGCCGCGGCCAAGAACGACGAGCGCCUCAAGAGCGAGGUGCACGCUGGCGCGUUCACGCUGAUCGGCUUGCUGGCGCUCAUGGACCCGCCACGCGACGAGAUCCACGACGUGAUGCAGACGCUGCGCGGCGCCGGCAUUCGCUCGGUCAUGGUGACGGGUGACUUUGGUCUGACGGCGCUUGCGAUUGCGCGCCAGUGCGGCAUGGUGAGCACGCGUGCGGUGCACGGCAUGGCCGAUCUGGUCCGGUCCCCCAGCAAGAGCGUCGGCGCGUCCAGCGAGAAGACCGACGCGGCACCGUCCGCGGCUCGCAAGUGGGCUGCCAAACUGCAUGUGGCCCGCGCCGACGCUGCUCCGAUGGAUCAUCACCUGCCGCCCACGCCCCCGCAAACAACGGCCCUGCUUCUGACCGGUGCCGACCUGCUCAAGGUCAAUGACUACCAAUGGGACCAGAUCUGCUCGGCGACCCACUACCCGGAGAUUGUUUUUGCCCGCACCACGCCCGACCAGAAGCUGCGCAUUGUUCGCGCGUUCCAGGCGCGCGGCGCCGUUGUGGCCAUGACGGGCGACGGCGUCAACGACGCACCCGCUCUCAAGGCUGCCGACGUUGGCAUUGCGCUGGCCGGGGGCUCGGACAUUGCUGUCGAGGCUGCCGACAUGGUGCUGCUUGGCGGGUCGACGUUUGCGAGCGUGGUCGCGGCUGUGCGCUAUGGCCGUCUUGUGUUUGACAACAUGAAGAAGAUCAUCGCGUACCUGCUGCCGGCCGGAUCGUGGUCUGAGUUCUGGCCUGUGUUCACGAAUGUCAUUCUGGGCCUGCCGCAGAUCCUGUCGUCAUUCUUGAUGAUUAUUAUUUGCUGCUUCACCGACUGCAUCGCUGCUAUUGUUCUCGCGUACGAGACCCCCGAGGCCGACCUCCUGCUGCGCCCACCCCGCAACCUGCGCACCACCCGCCUCGUCAACUGGCAGCUCAUGUUUCAUGCGUAUGGCUUUGUCGGCAUGUUUGAGGUCGUCCUCAGCUUCACCAUGGCCUACUGGUACCUCGUGCGCCGCGGCGUGCCCUUUGGCGAGCUGUGGCUGUCCUUUGGCAACUACGACGCGGCCUUUUUGGCCACCGUCGACGGCCUGGACGGCCUCACGGCGCGCAUCAACGAGGCCAGCUCGGUGUAUUUCAUCACCCUCGUCGUGCUGCAGUGGUUCAAUCUCAUGGCCGUGCGCACACGCCGCCUCUCGCUGUUCCAGCACCCGCCCGCGUUCAACAAGGCGACGCAGAACCUGCUGCUGUUCCCGGCCAUUGUCUUGUCGCUGGGCAUCGCCGUCAUCUGGCUGUACAUUCCGCAGCUGCAGGUUGUGCUGGGCACGUCGGGCGUGCCGGCCGAGUACUACUUCUUGCCCAUGGCGCUGGGACUGGGCCUCCUGGGCCUCGACGAGGCGCGCAAGGCAUCGGUGCGUCGCUGGCCCAAUGGCCUUCUGGCCAAGAUGGCCUGGUGA